AUGACAACAACUAACGGGGUCAAAGAGUGUGUACCUCCUCAAUUAGAUAAUCUGCUUAAACUUGAUCCGUAUCUUGAACCAUUUCAAGGUGAAAUAAAACGACGAUAUAAUGUAUUUAAAUCAAUUCUUAAACAGUUAGAAACUGAAGAAAAAGGUCUUGAUACAUUUACAUCAGCUUAUAAACAUUUUGGUAUUCAUGUUGAUGCUAAAACCAAUGCAAUUAACAUUAAAGAAUGGGCACCUGCUGCACGUGCUAUGUAUAUUCGUGGAGAUUUUAACAAUUGGCAAGAACGACAAUAUCCAUUUACCCGUGAUGAAUGGGGUGUAUGGAGAUUAACACUUCCACCACUAUCUGAUGGUACACCAGCUAUUAAACAUGGUCAAAUAAUAAAAUUACUUAUUGAAAAACCUGAUGGUCAAUUAGAAGAUCGUCUUUGUCCAUGGUCACGUUAUGUUCAACGAGCUGAAAAAUCAAAUACAUAUCAUGGUGUUUUUUAUAAUCCACCAGCAGAUCGAAUCUAUAAAUUUAAACAUCCUCAACCAAAAAAACCCGAGCGUUUAAGAAUCUAUGAAGCACAUGUUGGAAUUAGUUCAUGGAAAGGUGAAGUAGCUACAUAUGAAAACUUUCGUGUUAAUGUUCUUCCACGAGUUGUCCGACAAGGCUAUAAUACAAUUCAAUUGAUGGCUGUUAUGGAACAUGCUUAUUAUGCUAGUUUUGGUUAUCAAGUAACUAGUUUUUUUGCUGCAUCAAGUCGUUUUGGUACACCAGAAGAAUUAAAAGAAUUAAUUGAUGAAGCACAUAGACUUGGUUUAACUGUUUUAUUAGAUCUUGUGCAUAGUCAUGGUUGUAAAAAUACAGUUGAUGGUAUUAAUAUGUUUGAUGGAACAAAUGGUUGCUUUUUUCAUGAUGGUCCACGUGGUUAUCAUGAUCUUUGGGAUAGUCGAUGUUUUAAUUAUAUGCAACGUGAAGUAAUGCGAUUUCUUCUUUCAAAUAUUCGAUAUUGGUUAGAAGAAUUUAAAUUUGAUGGAUUCCGAUUCGAUGGUGUUUCAUCCAUGCUUUAUCAUUCACAUGGCAUUGGACAUGCUUUUUCUGGCACAUAUAAUGAAUAUUUUGGUUUAGCUACUGAUACCGAAUCAUUUAAUUAUCUUCAAUUAGCUAAUUAUGUUUCACAAACAUUAUAUCCUGAAUCUAUUACAAUUGCAGAAGAAGUAUCAGGAAUGCCAACAUUAUGUCGUCCAAUAGCUGAAGGUGGUGCUGGUUUUGAUUAUCGUUUAGCUAUGGCUAUUCCUGAUGUUUGGAUUAAAUUAUUAAAAGAAAAACAAGAUGAAGAUUGGAAUGUUGGUGAUAUAACUUGGACAUUGAUUAAUCGUCGAUGGUCAGAAAAAAAUAUUGCAUAUUCUGAAAGUCACGAUCAAGCACUUGUUGGAGAUAAAACAAUUGCACAUUGGUUAUUUGAUUCUGAUAUAUAUACACAUAUGUCAGUUCUUGCUGAACGUACACCACGUGUUGAACGUGGUUUAGCUUUACAUAAAAUGAUCCGUUUAUUAACUUAUGCAUUAGGUGGAGAAGGUUGGCUUAAUUUCGAAGGUAAUGAAUUUGGUCAUCCAGAAUGGUUAGAUUUUCCUCGAGCUGGUAAUAAUGAUAGUUAUCAUUAUGCUCGUCGUCUUUUCUAUUUACCUGAAGAUGAUACAUUGAGAUAUAAAUAUCUUAAUGCAUGGGAUCAAGCUAUGAAUGCUUGUGAAGAAAAAUAUAAAUGGCUUUCAGCUACAAAUACAUUCUUAAGUCGUCGACACGAAGGUGAUAAAGUCGUUGUAUUCGAACGUGGUGAUCAUGGUUUAUUAUUUAUAUUUAAUUUUCAUACAAAUAAAAGUUUUGCUGAUUAUCGUAUUGGUUGUGGUCGAUGUGGAAAAUAUAAAGUAGUACUUAAUUCUGAUUCAAAAUCAUUUGAUGGUUUGGGUCGAACCAGUGAUAAACAAGUCUUUUUAACGGAAGAUAUCAAAUGGGAUGAAAGACCAUUUUCAUUUAAUGUCUAUACACCAUGCCGUAGCGUUUUAGUACUUGCGUUAACCGGUGAUGUUAAUUAA